GGGAGCGUGGCCCGCCUCUCGCUCCAGGGAGCGUGGUGACGUAGAGCGCGUGCGCCGCCCCGGUCGCUGGUGGGGGGAGGAAGAUGGCGGCCGGCCGUGGUGGGGGCUCGUGAGGCGGCGGUGGCGGCGGCUUCCGGGGCCGGGGGGACGAGGCGAGCGGCUAGGCUCCGGGGCGCGGAGUCGGCGUGCGGGAGACCAGCUGGACGCCUUUCAGGAACAGGAUAGCCAUGGCCACAGAAAUUGGCUCCCCGCCCCGUUUUUUCCACAUGCCGAGGUUCCAGCACCAGGCGCCUCGGCAGUUGUUCUACAAAAGACCUGAUUUUGCACAGCAGCAAGCAAUGCAACAGCUUACUUUCGAUGGAAAGCGGAUGAGAAAAGCCGUGAACCGAAAAACCAUAGAUUACAAUCCCUCUGUAAUUAAAUAUUUGGAGAAUAGAGUAUGGCAGAGAGACCAGCGAGAUAUGCGAGCAAUCCAGCCUGAUGCAGGAUAUUACAAUGAUUUGGUCCCACCUAUAGGAAUGUUGAACAACCCUAUGAAUGCUGUAACAACAAAAUUUGUUCGGACGUCUACUAAUAAAGUAAAAUGCCCCGUAUUUGUUGUCAGGUGGACUCCUGAAGGGAGGCGCUUGGUUACUGGGGCAUCUAGUGGAGAAUUCACCUUGUGGAAUGGACUGACUUUCAAUUUUGAAACGAUAUUACAGGCUCACGACAGCCCUGUAAGGGCUAUGACUUGGUCACACAAUGAUAUGUGGAUGCUGACAGCAGACCACGGGGGAUAUGUGAAAUACUGGCAGUCCAACAUGAACAACGUCAAGAUGUUCCAGGCACAUAAGGAGGCGAUUAGAGAGGCCAGUUUCUCACCCACGGAUAAUAAAUUUGCUACAUGCUCUGACGACGGCACUGUUAGAAUCUGGGACUUUCUACGUUGCCAUGAGGAGAGAAUUCUUCGAGGACACGGAGCCGAUGUGAAGUGCGUUGACUGGCAUCCAACGAAGGGAUUGGUUGUGUCGGGAAGUAAAGAUAGCCAACAGCCGAUCAAGUUCUGGGAUCCAAAGACCGGCCAGAGCCUUGCCACACUACAUGCUCAUAAAAACACAGUGAUGGAGGUAAAAUUGAACCUGAACGGAAACUGGCUACUAACAGCUUCUCGUGACCAUCUCUGCAAGCUCUUUGACAUCCGUAAUCUGAAAGAAGAACUUCAAGUCUUCAGGGGUCAUAAGAAAGAGGCCACAGCUGUUGCCUGGCAUCCUGUUCAUGAAGGGCUGUUCGCCAGCGGAGGGUCUGAUGGCUCUUUGUUGUUCUGGCAUGUUGGGGUUGAGAAGGAGGUUGGUGGAAUGGAAAUGGCCCACGAGGGAAUGAUCUGGAGUCUGGCAUGGCAUCCGCUUGGACACAUUCUCUGUUCGGGCUCAAAUGAUCACACCAGCAAGUUUUGGACUCGAAAUCGACCUGGAGAUAAAAUGCGAGAUCGUUACAACUUGAAUCUGCUGCCUGGCAUGUCAGAAGAUGGUGUGGAAUAUGCUCCGGGAGAUGAUCUUGAACCCAACAGCCUAGCAGUUAUUCCUGGGAUGGGAAUACCUGAGCAAUUGAAAAUAGCCAUGGAGCAAGAGCAGAUGGGAAAAGAUGAGUCCAAUGAUAUUGAAAUGACAAUCCCAGGACUGGACUGGGGAAUGGAGGAAGUCAUGCAAAAGGACCAAAAGAAAGUGCCACAGAAAAAAGUGCCCUAUGCAAAACCAAUACCAGCACAGUUUCAGCAGGCAUGGAUGCAGAAUAAAGUCCCUUUGCCUCCCCCACCUGAGCCAUUAAAUGAUAGAAAGGAAGAUAUUAAGCUGGAGGAGAAGAAGAAGACGCAGGCGGAGAUUGAACAGGAAAUGGCAGCACUUCAGUACACAAACCCGCAGCUCUUGGAGCAACUGAAGAUUGAGAGACUCGCACAAAAGCAAGCUGAGCAAGUGCAGCCACCACCUCCCGGAGGCUCUCUUCAUGGACCCCAGCCUUUUCCAGGGCAAGGCCCAAUGUCACAGAUGCCUCAAGGAUUUCAGCAGCCCCUCCCACCUCAGCAGAUGCCAAUGAAUAUGCCUCAGAUGGGACCUCCUGGUCCACAAGGACAAUUCAGACCUCCGGGACCCCAAGGACAAAUGGGACCUCAAGGUCCUCCAUUACACCAAGGUGGUGCAGGUCCACAAGGGUUCAUGGGACCACAAGGACCUCCAGGCCCCCAAGGACCUCCACAAGGAAUGCCACGGCCUCAGGAUUUACAUGGGCAUCAAGGAAUGCAGAGACAUCCUGGCCCUCAUGGGCCGAUGGGGCCUCCAGGUCCACAGGGUAGUGCUGGCCCACAAGGCCACUUAGGACCACAAGGACUACCUGGAUCUCAGACUCAUUUAGGACCGCAGGGUCCACCUGGCCCCCAAGGUCACUUGGGUCCUCAAGGUCCUCCGGGUGGUCAAGGAAUGCAAGGGCCACCUGGUCCCCGAGGAAUGCAAGGACCUCUUCCUCAUGGCAUGCAAGGAGCUCCGGGAUCUCAAGGGAUGCAAGGCCCUAUAUCUCAAGGGCCUUUGAUGGGACUUAAUCCAAGAGGGAUGCAGGGUCCACCAGGACCCAGAGAUAACCAGGGACCUACUCCACAAGGGAUGAUGAUGGGUCAUCCGCAAGAAAUGAGAGGUCCUCAUAUGCAGAGUGGUUUACUAGGACAUGGUCCCCAAGAGAUGAGGGGCCUACAGGGACCCCCGCCUCAAGGUACAAUGUUAGGACCGCCACAAGAAUUGCGUGGACCACCAGGUCCACAAGGCCAGCAGGGACCUCCGCAAGGCUCUUUAGUAGGGCCUCAAGGAAAUAUGCAAGGACCUCAGGGACAGCCAAACCCUUCAAGGGGGCCACAUCCUUCCCAGGGCCCUCUGCCUUUCCAGCAGCAGAAAACUCCUUUGCUGGGUGAUGGGCCUCGACCCCCAUUUAAUCAGGACGGACAGAACCCAGGUCCUCCACCGUUGAUACCGGGACUGGGGCAGCAGGGAGGACAAGGUCGUCUCGGCCCUCACAGCCAAGGACCUGGUCUUAAUAAAGGUGACUCCCGUGGUCCACCAAACCAUCACAUGGGCCCUCUCUCAGAUAGAAGGCACGACCAGAACAGUGGUGGUCCUGAUCAUGGGCCUGAGAGAGGGUUGUUUCGAGGUGGCCAGGAGUGGGGUGAUGGUAGAGACAGCAGGGGCAUGCCAGAUAGACGAGGACCUCACCCAGAUUUCCAUGAUGACUUUGAUCGACCAGAUGACUUCCGGGACGACUUCCAUCCAGAUAAGAGAUUUGGCCAUCGAUUACGGGAAUUUGAGGGGAGAGGAGGCCCACCAUUACAAGAUGAAAAAUGGAGACGCGGUGGACCUGGGCCUCCCUUUCCUCCCGAUCACAGGGAAUUUGAAGGAGGGGGUUCAAACCGUGGGCCUCCUGGUGCUUGGGAAGGACGGAGACCAUCAGAUGAUAGAUAUCCACGGGAUCCUGAGGAUGCACGGUUCCGGGGAAGACGCGAUGAGAGCUUCAGAAGAGGAGGACCCUCAAGACAUGAGGGCCGGGGACCCAGGGGGAGAGAUGGCUUUCCUGGUCCUGAAGAUUUUGGGCCAGAUGACACUUUUGACUCUCCAGAUGAAAACGCGAGAGGAAGGGACCAUGGUGUUCGGGGGCGAGGUCGCGGUACUCUUAGAGGAGGCCGGAAAGGUCUGCUUCCUACUCCAGAUGAAUUUCCACGCUUUGAAGGAGGACGGAAACCAGAAUCCUGGGAUGGAAACAGAGAACCAGGUCCUCGUCCAGAUCACCCUCCUCAUGAUGGACACUCUCCAGCUAACCGAGAACGUUCUUCUUCGCUCCAGGGCAUGGACAUGGCCUCGCUACCACCACGCAAACGGCCCUGGCAUGAUGGACCAGGGACCUCUGACCACAGAGAAAUGGAUGCUCCAGGUGGACCUCCAGAGGAGAGAGGGAAAGGACGAGGAAGUUCAGGACCUUCACAGAGAGUGCCAAAAUCUGGGAGGUCCAGUUCUUUAGAUGGAGACCAUCACGAUGGAUUCCACAGGGAUGAAGCUUUCGGUGGAGGCCCUACAGGAGGCAAUAACCCUUCCAGAGGAGGAAGGAGUGGGAGCAAUUGGGGAAGAGGAAGUAACAUGAACUCUGGUCAAUCAAGAAGAGGAGCAUCAAGGGGUGGUGGAAGAGGACGAUAGAAGAGGCUUUGACUGGGUCACACCCAGUCCUUGUUGGACAAUAUUUAAAUAGACUGCUACUCUGGACUCAAAGAGAAAGUAAACCUGCAACACCACAAACCUGGAUUCUUAACUGGGAUAACUGAAUGUGCAUUAGUUCCUAACAAGGGUCUUUUCCUAGAUCAAUCAACUGCUACUAGCUGCAAUAUUGUAGCUAGGUUUCCAUUUUGUCCUCUCCAUCCCCAUUUUCCUCACCUUCUUUUACCUACUUUGUUUUGUGAAGAGCUGGAAUUUUUUUUAGUGUUGUAAGACAUGGAGCACCUCCACAGAUUUCAGUUCACCUCCAGACAGAAACUUGUUUCUAUAUGUACAGUUUGUCAGAAAAGUUACGUUGUUUUUGUAUGAAUACAGAAUGUAAUUUGCGCAAAAAUUAACAAAAAAAAAAUCAUGCAGUGUGUGAUUCUUUACUCACCUAGAACUAUAAAAAAGUCAUCUUUAAGCAGAUUUGUGUAUCAGAUGGAGCAACAGAACUACCUCCUGAAUAUUCUACAGUACAAAACGCUAAUGCUUUAUUCCUAAUUUUGGGGUUUAUCAUGCAUAGAGAACUUUCUCUUUCACCUUUAGCCACAGCUGUCUAUAGACAAUAAAUGGUGCUGACGUUAAAAUUCCAAAAGACGGGAAAUCAUCGCUGCUUGCUAUUCUACCAUCCUGAAAGAGAAAAACGUGGAACACCAUUUAGAAAGUUGUCGUAGACUGUAUGAGCCAUAACCUAGCAAAAUAGACAGCAUGACAAACAUUGUCAUUCUAUAUUUCACUUUGAGUCAAAUAUUCCUGUUCACAGUAGCAUCAGUUUAUAUAAAUUGGGGAGGAAAGGACAGAGGUUUAGCAGCUUGAUUAAUAUGGAUGCAAAGGUUUUACAGUGGCUGUAGCGCACAUUGCUUAAAGAUACGGGUUUUCAGUACAAGCUGGUGCACUCAAAUACUAAAGUGGAAACCUCAUUAGUUGGUCACUUUCUUAACAUUUUUAAGCAUCAUCUUCUCUCGGGUAUUUUUCCUAGUUUUAUUUUCUUUGCAAUACUGAUAGUUUUUAAUUGGUGCAGGAAGAAGAUGAAGAGGCGUUUAUUCCUGUUUUUCAAGUUUCAUAAUAAAGCUGCUUACCAACUACA